AUGGAUCCAGAGCUCAACAGAUAUACCCUCAUGAAUGAAGCAAAAGGACUUGUAUCUGGCUAUCCACAGUCCAUGCUUGACAUGUUAGGGGAAUGCAACAUUGCAGCUAUUCAUGGUUCCACUCACAAAAACAUGAGAGGGUCUUUGCUUGCUCUUGUUAGCCCCACCAUGAUCAUAGACCAACUUCUGCCAAAAAUAGAUGAAUUCAUGAGAUCCCACCAAAGCAAUUGGGACAACAAAGUCAUUGACAUUCAAGAAAAAACCAAAAAGAUCGCGUUCUUUCUCUCUCUAGACUCGCUCUUCAGACCCCCCUAUAUCUCUCUAUCGGCGCUCAAACUUAAGGAGGUGGGGCUGGUGUUUGCGCUGGUGUUUGCGCAUAAGAGGUUUGAAGUGGUUGUGUUGCUCUGUGUCGUCGGCAUGGAUUUGGGGAAGCAUGGAUUUGUGAUUGGGUUGCUCUGUGUGUUACAAGGAGCCGUUGCUCUGGGUUGGGUAACGUGUAGGGGUGGGUAG